AUGGUUAUACUGCGAUACUACAGUCGGGACAAUAGUCGGGACAAUAGCCGGGAGAAGAGGGACAGGAAUGUGAAGGUCGGGAGUCCGACGUCAUUGUAUGAUUUAAUAUGGAAAAAACAAUUGCCUGAAGUGUCACAACUGGAAGCGGUGAAAAAACAUGGUCAAGUGUUCUCUUAUUCCAUGUUAGGCAAGACGGCCAUCAUGUGUACCCGACAUGAUUUCAUAAGCCAAGUGCUGAGCAAAGAGUUUACCACUUUUACUAACAGAACGAGUGUGUUCGCCGGAAGUGAUGCCAUAACUGACAAUAUGUUAAGUCUGUCACUCGAUGACCAGUGGAAACGCCUGCGGGCUAUAUUUGCCAAACUCUUGGGCUUCACAUUAUUUCCGCAAUCGGUUCUCGCAUUCUUUGCCGAUUUAGUCCGUAAGAUAAUCGCUGAGCGCCGCACCGGUCAGGGAUCAGACGGUGCGAAUAGGUAUGACUUUUUGCAGCUCUUAUUGGAUGCGAACGAUAGGAAUAAUGAGGAAAAUAGUGAUGAGAGUCACAAACCAGAGGCAACGGUUGAGAAGACAACUUCUUUGUUAUUAAAUACAAAAAGUUUGUCAGACGAGGAGAUGAUAUCGCAAUGUGUGCUGUUUUUUACCGCCGGUUACGACACGACAGCCAAUACUAUGGCGUACGCCAUAUAUCUGUUGACCGAAAACCCGGAAUCGCAGCAAAGGUUAUUUGAAGAAUCAAAGAGUGUUAUUGAUUACAAAGAAGACAUCGAUUACGAUGCCAUUGAAAGGCUUGAAUACCUAAACGCCGUACUCAUGGAAACACACCGUCUGUUCCCACCGGUGCUGAUACUAGAGAGGGAGGCCUCACAUGACAUCACAUUGACCGGUGAUGGAGGCGCUGAUGAUUUCAUUAGGGUAUUCAAGGGUGAUAUCAUUCAAAUUCCUGUAUACGCACUUCAUAAAGACCCGGAACAGUUUAAAGAUCCUGAUCAAUUUAAACCCGAGAGAUUUUUGUCCGGCAAUAUCGCACACCACCCGUACGCUCACCUGCCGUUUGGCGCCGGACCGCGUAAUUGUGUGGCCAAACGGUUGGCCCUAAUGGAGGCUAAGUUGGCUAUACUUUACUCCGUAUAUAACUAUCGAUUUGAAAUCAGCGACAAAACAUCGUUCAUUUCCACUUCUGUUGAGUUGAUAAUGGCAGAGGAAAACAAGUCCAAACCAGAGACCAAACACAGCGACAGUAAGCCUUCCGGUAGUGGAGAUGGAGGGAAGACAGCGACCGACAAAUCAAGUCAAGUGAAGACAAUCGCCAGCACUGAUAGCACCAAAAGCACCGAAAGCAGACUUUUCGGUCCGGUUUCGGCCCGAAUUGGUUCCGAUGGCAGCUCUUCCGACAGCAAG